CUUGCUCAUCGAUCAUCAAGGUCUCCAAAGAUCCUUUCAGAGUAUUUAUACGUAGUUCGAACCUCUGGUCACCGCAGUUCUUUUUUAAUGACGUAACAUAAAUCUUCAUCAUUAGUUUCGGUUAUAGAAAGAAAUUUCUUUUAAUUACAAGUGAAUUUGAAAGCUGAUACCAUUAUGUGGUUAUUGGCCAUUACUCUCACUGCUGCAAGUUUAAUUUUGGGAUCAAAUGGAGGAACUACUGAUAAAGUGAAUACUGCUCCCAUAAAUGAUAGGACUGUUUUCAUCAGAAGUUUACCUGGUUUACGAGGUGUAAGGAGUAAUCUAUACGAAGUUUAUAUGGAACCUUAUCUGUUUCCUAUUGGUUUGAGAGCCACUGUAGAACUAAAAUCUUUGGGAGAAGAUGGUAAUCCGGUUGAUGGACCUCGUGGAAUAUUGAAUUUAGAACAAUUACCCAAUGGCGUAAGAAUCACAGGGACAAUUAAAGGUUUAAGUCCAGGUCUGCAUGGAUUUCAUGUUCAUGAAAAAGGGGAUUUGACAAAAGGUUGCUCUUCAGCUGGAGCGCACUUCAACCCUUAUCAGGUACAUCAUGGCGCUCCAAAUGACCCAUUGCGACAUGUUGGCGAUUUGGGGAAUAUCCAAGUUGGUGAAGACGGAACUGCACAGGUCGAUGGUACUGACCAUUACUUGACUCUAAUGGGUGCUCGAGGUGCCAUAGGAAGAGCAAUAGUUAUUCAUGAAAAGGAAGAUGACUUAGGACGUGGCAGAACUGAGGAUAGUCUUAAAACAGGUUCGGCUGGUGCUCGUCUUGCCUGUGGCAUAGUUGGACUGGCUUAAAAUUUAUAUUAAAAUAAAAAGAACCUUGUUUAUCAUUACUUUCUGGUAUUGGUCAAAUACAUAUGUAUAUCUAUUUUUGUUUUGUUAAUAAUCUUUAUUUAAAUGUUUGCUCAAAAAGACUAAAAUGUAAUUUUAUUUUUAAAAUGUAAAUUUAUUUUAUAAUAAAUAUUUUUAUAUGUAA